AUGUGUGCAGCAGAAAGCUUCCAUAUUACUAUCGUCGGUGGUGGGAUCGCCGGUCUAAUAACUGCGAUCGCGUUACGCGGCGAAAACCGCCACAUCACAAUCCUAGAACGAUCGCGUAUGCUUCACGAGACUGGUGCCCUCAUCUCCCUUCAGCCCAAUGCCUCCAAAAUUAUCACCUCUUGGGGCAUCGACAAGUUCCUUGAAUUCGCAGAGCCUAUGAACGACCGAUGUUUCCGUAUGAUUAGCACAGCGGGGAAGUCACAGGACCUUCAUUCAGGCCUGAAGAAUGCUGCGACAAGCACCGCCCUUCCUGGAAAGCCUGUCAACAUCCGUACCUCGGCCGCGGUGAAGUCAUGCGAUGCUGACGCUGGGUCUGUGACGCUGGAGGACGGCGAGACCAUUACAGCCGAUCUCGUGAUUGGUGCUGAUGGUAUUCACUCCAAAAUUCGCGAAGCGGUGAUCGGCGAGUAUAGGGAGGCGAUUCCCACGGGGAUCUCUGCCUAUCGUAUGCUUAUUCCCAUCGAAUCCCUCCAAGAUAUCAAUAUUCCCGCAACAGCUCUCCAGCCUGCCGAUCCUGUCACUACAAUGGUUAUUGGCCAUGAAAAGCGUGUGAUCAUGGGACCCGGAAGGGGGCAAGCUCUUUGGCAUCGCCGGACCAUCUUAAUUGGAGACGCGGCGCAUCCCAUGCUGCCCACUCAGGGCCAAGGUGCAAGCCAGAGCGUCGAGGAUGCUGAGGCGCUCAAGGCAUUCUUUUCAACUGCUCAGAGUAAACCAAGCCUUACACAGAUUGACGAUGCCCUUCUUAAAGUCAUCCGGGCAAGAAAGGAGAGAGCCAGCUUGAUUCAGACGUAUAGUCGGCAGCAGGCCAAGCCUGGAACGUCAGCCGGAUCACAGAACGUGACAUUAAACCCCGGACAAUUCAUGAAGUAUAACUGCGAUUAUCACGGUGCACAAGAUUGGCUAGAUAGGCAGGAUCAGGUUAAUGCUUAA